GCUAUUGGGGUGCUGGCACCACAGAGGCUGGGCUGGGUGCCCUGGGGGAGGUGGGGUGUCCAUACCCCACUGUGCUGGGAUGGGUUGCAGGUAAGGUGGGAGUGGCAGAGCCCAUGUCCCCUGGUGUCUCCAUGGUGUGUGGGUUACUGUGGAAGAGGGGGCUGCUUUUAGGGUCCACGUGCCUCAGCUUCCCCAGACAGAUCACCACCACUGGGUGAGGGAGCAGCAAGGAGGAACGGGGCAUGCUGGAAAUGCUACAGUGUUGCUGAUUCCCUUUUUUUAUUUCCUUAAAAGUGGAAAAAUAAGCAGAAUGUUGUUAAAUAUCAUCCCAGCUGCUGCCACAGUGUCACCCAGUGACCCUGGCUGAGGGAAGCGACCAGGUGACAGCCUGGCAUGCCUUCCUCAGGGCAGGGAUGGAGCCAAAGGGGAGCAGAAGAGGGACAGGGAGGUGGGUGCAGGGUGGAAAGGGACCCUGGAGCACUCCAGGGCUGAGCUGAAAUGUGGUGUCCUCCCCAAGGGCGUCUCCAGCCUCAUCCCUGUGAGCUGGGGGAGGUUCUUGCAUCUCUUUCUUAGCUCCUGCCACCGUCCCAUCCUCUCUCUGCCUACUGUGGGGUGGGGGGGGGGGGGGGGGUGGGGGGGGUGGGGGUUGCUCCAAAGGCCCCCAGAGGGACUGGAGCUGUGCCCCCCCGGUACCCCCAUUCAAGAGCUCCUCCUCAUUCCCACCUUUCCAGUCCCCUGUGUCCCAAAAGCAGCGUGACUCUGUGCAGAGGUGCUGUGCUCUGUGCUGUUCACCCGGGAGCCCAGUGAUGAUGUGGGAAGCAGUGAUGUUUUGUUGCCACCAAACACCAGCUUCGUCUGCUCCAGAGCUCUGCCCCUGCUCGGUGCCUGUCAGCAGUGGUGCUCUGGGGAAUUUUGCAACACAGUUUGAGUCAGGGGACCGAAAUCCCGUAUUCUGGUUUCACUGCUGUCUGCCUGGCCCUGGGCCAGAACUGGGCACAGUGUGGGGCUCUCAGUGCACCCAGUUUGGAGUGUUUGGUUCCAGUGCAGUGUCCCCCCUUCGGGACUCCUUGUGCCCUCUGCUUCCAGGCUGCUCCCACUUGGCCAGAGGAACAGAGGAACCUUCUGCAGCUGCGGGGCUGUGAGCCAGGGCUGGGCCUUCUUCCAAAUCCCACCUUCUUCCUCCUUGCCUGCUGUGGAUGGAGCCAGCCCCUCAGAGCAGAGACUCGGCGGUGGGUGAGGACACUCAGUGAGGUCCCACGGGACACCAGCAGAGCAUCCGUUGUCAGGCCAUGGCAGCCCAGCCAGUCGGGGGCCAGAAGCCCUUUCACGUCGUCUCGCCCGUUCUGGAGAGCCUGCCCCUCUCCAAGGCCGUGGGCACCAAGGUCUUCAUGAAGCUGGAAAACGUCCAGCCCUCGGGCUCCUUCAAGAUCCGGGGCAUCGGGCACCUCUGCCAGGAUGCUGCCAGGAAGGGCUGCCGCCACUUCGUCUGCUCCUCAGGGGGAAACGCGGGGCUGGCAGCAGCGUACGCAGCCAGGAAGCUGGGGCUGCCCAUCACCGUGGUGGUCCCCAGCAGCAGCGGCCCCACCCCCGUGUGCAAACUGGAGGAACUGGGGGCGACAGUCGAGGUCUACGGCAAGGUGUGGGAUGAUGCCAACAGGAGAGCCCAGGAGCUGGUUAAGACAGAGGGCUGGGUCAGCAUCCACCCCUUCGACCACCCCUUGGUGUGGGAGGGUCACGCCAGCCUGGUCCGGGAGCUGAAGGACUCUCUGGAGGCCAAACCAGGUGCCAUCGUGAUGGCGGUGGGCGGCGGGGGGCUGCUGGCCGGUGUCGUGGCCGGCCUGCACCAGGUGGGCUGGCAGGAUGUUCCCAUCAUCGCCGCUGAGACCCAGGGAGCUCACAGCUUCCACGAGGCGCUCAAAGCCGGCCGCCUCGUCACCCUGCCCGACAUCACCAGCGUGGCCAAGUGCCUGGGAGCCAAGACGGUGUCGGCGCGGGCGCUGGAGUGUGCCCAAGAGUGCCAGGUGAUCUCGCAGGUGGUGCAGGACACGGAGGCCGUGCGGGCUGUGGAGCAGUUCCUGGACGACGAGCGGAUGCUGGUGCAGCCAGCGUGCGGGGCCGCCCUGGCCGUGCUCUACUCGGGGCGGCUGCAGCGGCUGCAGAGCGAGGGGCGGCUGCGGACCCCGCUGGCUUCCGUGGUGGUCGUGGUGUGCGGCGGCAGCAACAUCCACUCGGCCCAGCUGCGGGCCCUGAAGAGCCAGCUGGGGAUGGAGUGAUGCCCGCCCCGGGUAGGGCAGGUGACAGAGCCUGGCUGGCACACUCUGCUUGCUUUCCUUCCAAAAUAACCAAAAUAAAGCCCGGGGCACGCGGG